AGCAUAGCGUUUCCCUUCGGGGAAAAUCACAAACCGACAGACGCAUCUCAGUUCGUUAUUAUCCGUCCAUGUUGUCUUCCCGAGCUGUCUCCAUCUCUAUCUCCAUCCGAUCAUCCCUGCCUCUCUCGCGCAGAUCCUUCCAUCUCUAUCUCCUUGCCUCUCUCUUCCCUCUGUUUUAUCAUCUCUCUCUAAUAUCUAAACCCUCUCUCUCUCUGAUCCAUCUGAGAAACCCCAACCGUUGAAAUUGACUCCUUCAAAUCGCCUUUCUGACGGACAAGUUGAAGACGCAGCACAAACAAACCCUAAGACGAAACAGAUGAACAAGAUGAAGCUUGAGAUCGUCUGAAAUCCAUCACGCAUCUUGAAAUCCAGAUAAUUAAACGGUAAAAGGUGGCCAUAUUUUUCCGGCAUCAAUCGAUAGUCAAAUUUCGAGAACUCAUUGCUUCAUUGAUUUUGCACCUGUUGAGCAUCAUCAUCCUCUUGAUUAUCAUUCAGAAUUCUCUCUUGCUUGUUUCUUUUAAUAUAGAUACUAUGUUAUCAUCCCUUUAUUGAAAAUUAUUCGCAUUGCAACUCCUGGGAGCCAUAUCUCAUGGCGCAGAUUCAGUCAAGAUUCUUACUCUGGAACUCCUGUUGCCCUUUCAUUUUUUUCUCCACCUGCCCAUAUUAUUCUUUCUUCUGCGAAUGCUUCUGGCUUCUGUGCUUCUAUCACAGUUGUUGUGCAAGCUACUUUAUUAGAUACAUAAGAUGCCAAGGACAAGAGCACAUGCUGCUGCAGCUAAGCCAGAUGAACCUGAGCCUGAAAAACCUGUUGCAUUGGAGGAGAGGGUGGACUUUGAUGGAGACAAUGAAGAGGAGAUGGUAGAGGAGGAGGUUGAGUAUGAAGAAGUAGAAGAAGAGGAAGUAGAAGAGGUGGAGGAAGAAGAAGAAGAAGAGGAGGAGGAGGAGGAGGAGGAGGAGGAGGAGGUAGUGGAAGAGGAAGAGGAAGAAGAGGCUGAUGCUGCUGAUGGGGUUGAUACACUAAAAGGCGCAGAUGGUGACGAGGACAUGGAACCUGCUGAGGCCGAAGAGGAUGUGAAAAAAAAGCAUGCCGAGCUUCUUGCACUCCCUCCUCAUGGGUCAGAAGUAUACUUGGGUGGCAUUCCACAAGAUGCUUCUGAAGAUGAUCUGAGGAGCUUUUGUGAAUCUGUUGGUGAAGUCACAGAAGUCAGAAUAAUGAAGGGCAAGGACUCAAGUGAGAACAAGGGUUAUGCAUUUGUCACCUUUAGGACAAAGGAAUUGGCUUCUAAGGCCAUUGAGGAACUUAACAAUUCUGAAUUGAAGGGGAAAAAGAUCAAGUGCUCUACAUCUCAAGCAAAGCAUAAAUUGUUCAUUGGUAAUGUUCCAAGAAACUGGGGAGAGGAAGACAUCAAGAAGGUUGUAGCUGAGAAAGGACCUGGAGUUAUUGCUAUAGAAUUGCUUAAGGAUCCACAGAACUACAGCCGGAACCGUGGUUUUGCAUUCAUCAAGUAUUAUAACCAUGCUUGUGCAGAGUUUUCAAGACAAAAGAUGUCAAAACCAGAAUUUAAGCUUGAUGACAACGCUCCAACUGUAAGUUGGGCUGACCCCAAAAAUCCCGAGUCUUCAGCUGCUUCGCAGGUUAAAGCAGUGUAUGUGAAGAAUUUGCCCAAAAACAUUACCCAAGAUCAGCUAAGGGAACUGUUUGAACAUCAUGGAAAAAUCACUAAAGUUGUUCUUCCUCCUGCUAAAGCAGGACAGGAGAAGAGCAGAUUUGGUUUUGUUCAUUUUGCAGAAAGAUCAAAUGCAAUGAAGGCUCUAAAGAACACUGAGAAAUAUGAGUUGGAUGGUCAAGUUUUGGAGUGCUCUCUUGCAAAGCCACAGGCUGAACAAAAAUCUUCUGGAGGGCCAAAUUCACAGAAGUCAGCCCUACUUCCAAGCUACCCACCUCAUGUCGGUUAUGGUUUAGUUGGGGGUGCCUAUGGUGCUCUAGGUGCAGGAUAUGGUGGUGCAGGCUUUGGACAACCACUGAUCUAUGGAAGGGGACCUACUCCUUCUGGCAUGGCAAUGAUGCCGAUGCUUUUGCCUGAUGGAAGGAUUGGAUAUGUCCUGCAACAACCAGGAGGGCAGCCACACACCCCACCACCACAGCAGAGAAGUGGCAGGAGCGGUAGCAGAGGAGGAGGCUCAAGUGGUGGAAGGCGUGGCAAUGGCAGUGGACGUGGUCAUAGCCGGUAUAACCCCUACUAA